UCCAAACAAUCAUAUUCUAUUGCUUCUCCUGUUUGAAAAGCGAAAAUCACCAGUUUUAUUUGAAUUUAUGUGAUACCCUUUCUUUAUUAUUUUUAGAUGAAGUUGCGGUUGCUAUAAUUUUUCCUUAAAAACGUCGUUUGUUAAUUUGAGAUAAAUUUUCGUUAUGGCUACCGAAGAUUACACUCAUAAUAUCGAAAAUUUUUUUGGUGUAUAUCUUUUAUAUUGUAUGAACGAAAAUUUCAAAGGUAGAGUUUAUAUAGGCUACACCAAAGAUCCUAAUAGAAGAAUAAAACAGCAUAAUAAAGGAAAAAAGGCUGGAGGAGCUUGGAAAACAAGUAACAAAGGACCAUGGGAGAUGGUCCUGACUAUACACGGUUUUCCCAAUGAUAUCUCUGCAUUGAGGUUUGAAUGGGCUUGGCAGCAUCCGCAGUCUUCCCGUAGGUUGAAACAUGUACCCAAGAAGAAAAAUAAUAUCAAAAAAUAUGAUUAUUGCAUACAAGUUUUAUCAGAAAUGCUGUCUGUAGGACCAUGGAAUAGGUUACCUUUAGUAAUUAGAUGGCUAAAUCAAGAUUUCAUGAGAGAUCUUUCGGAUUAUAGAACUCCUCCGAUGCACAUGGCCAUUUGUUAUGGCCCCGUUAUAAGUAAAAAAAAAGGGAAAAAUGUAGAAGAUGAAGAGGAAUCGUCCUCAUGGAGUAAUCCUAUAAAUAUCUGUGAUAUAUGUUGCAAACCAUCUGAGGAUAAGUUAAUGAGUUGUUUAGAUAAUAGCUGUAAUUUUAGGAGUCAUUUAAUUUGUCUAUCUAAUUCAUUUUUGGAAGUGGGAGAAUAUGUUCCUAUUGAGGGAAAAUGUCCUAAAUGUCGCAUCGAUUGUUUGUGGGGAGAUUUAGUGAAGAAAUAUAAAGGUUUUUACAGAAAUCUCGACGUUAGGAUUAAUUGUGAAAAUGGAAAUGAUUUUUUUUCUUCAGAUUCUGAGUGAUUUUGUCCAAUGUUUUUCAUUUUAUCUUGAUUUAACGAUAGUUUUUCAUUUUAUUUAUUUUAAAAUCAAACUGCCUAGUGUCAUCUUUUAUAAGGCUUAAUGCUUUAUAAUGAAAGCUUGGAAAAAAGGUUUUUAUGAAAACAUGCAAGAAUUGCUCAAAUGGCAAUUUAUGGCAUAUUGCUUUUUAAUCUGUUAUUUCAAACAUCAUCAAUAAAACUUUUAAUUCAAAAAUAAUUAAAAAAAAUAUUUUUAAUUCGAAAACUAGACUCAACACUAUUGUGUCACUGCCUAUAUUGGAAUUUUUCAAAUACUAUGUCCGACUUGAAUUUGUACAUUUCGAAUUUUUGGAUUGAUUAUUUUAUUCUUCAUUUUUAUAUUAUUGGAUGAUGAAUUUUUACUUAAUUGUAUAAAACUUUUGAAAACAAAUUGUUUGUCUGAUAAUUGUGUUUAUAUUUUACAUUGUCUGAACGUAAGUAUACAGUGGAAGUUACAAUAAUAAAAUAUAUUUUGUAAUUAUUUUACCAUAC